CUUCCAGGUAGUUUCUCUGACCCAGGCGGUAACAUUUCAGCCGAGGGCUGCGAACUCCGAGCUGACCCUAGUGGCCUCAGUACCAGUGUUCAGAGAGUCAAUUCGUGCGGUCAGUUUGUGGCUGAACCAGCCGGAAGCAAGGCAGAAAUGAGUCAAUUGAACUGUCCUACAGAAUGCGACGGCAAGGAGCUAAGGUCGAUGACUGAUGAUAUCGCAAAUGCUGACCAGAGAAAGGCCUUAAAGGAACGCUGGAAAGUGUCCGGACAGAAGCGUGGCAGACCGGGCAAAAGGACGGUUGCGCCGGCAGACGGGAUUGCUGCUCUUUUGGCGGCCAGCGGAGAAGAAAUACGCUUCCUACAGACUGGUUUGGCUAUUGCCAACUCCAAGCUUGAGAAUUACGCAAGGCUCUGUGACCUUUUCCUUGAUGACGCAACCUUCCUACAGAUUAAUGCUGGCAUAUCUUUCAUUUCGUUUGAAAAAGCAGUUGUAAAUUGGCAGCAUUGGAUGUCGAAGAAGGGCCGUCUUAGACUUGGGAUUGUUGGGUUGUGCAAAGAAGACCUUGGCUCACCGUCCCCUGACACUGAUGACUUCUUGCUGAGCUUUUAG